UUUUUUUCUCUCAUAAUAUAAAAGUAGAACCAUAUCUGCAAUGACUUCUUGACUUAGUAAACCCAACCCGUUGACUCAACUCCAUCCAACGGUUGAAUAAAUCUUCCUCAUUGAAAGACAUACCGGUCAAGCAAAUUAUCGGCAUGGAUCCUCAGCAACGGAGAACAGAAACUGGUCACCGUCCUCCUCCUGGCGGCAACAUGACUCCUAUUCUCGUUGCGUUUGGUGUUUUCAUCGCAAUCGCCGCUUUGGUCAUGUUCCCUUCAUCGUCGGUGCACCAAGUUCCUGAAGGUCACGUUGGAGCGUAUUGGAGAGGUGGUGCUCUUCUAAACAUCAUUACAGAACCAGGUUUUCAUCUGAAGCUGCCGUUCAUAACCCACUACGAGCCUGUUCAAGUUACUCUCCAAACAGAUCAAGUGAGGGAUAUACCAUGUGGCACCAAAGGAGGUGUCAUGGUUACAUUUGAGAAGAUAGAAGUUGUUAAUCGUCUGCGUAAGGAUUAUGUGUAUGACACUUUGCUUAACUAUGGUGUGGACUAUGACAACGCAUGGAUAUAUGACAAGAUUCAUCAUGAGAUCAACCAGUUUUGCAGCUCUCAUUCCCUUCAGCAAGUCUACAUUGACAUCUUUGACCAGAUUGAUGAGCGAAUGAAAGAGGCUCUUCAAGCUGAUUGCACACGUUAUGCUCCAGGUAUUGAGAUUAUUAGCGUGCGUGUCACAAAGCCGAAGAUCCCAGCGAGUGUAAGACGUAACUUUGAGCAGAUGGAAGAGGAACGCACUAAGGUGUUGAUUGCUAUUGAGAAACAAAGAGUUGCUGAGAAAGAGGCAGAGACAAAGAAAAUAAUGGCCAUUAGUGAAGCCGAGAAGAACGCCAACGUUAGCAAGAUUCUGAUGCAACAGAAGCUGACUGAGAAAGACAGUUCACGGAGGGAAGCAGAUAUCGAGAAUCAGAUGUAUCUUGAUCGUCAAAAGAGUCUCGCCGAUGCAGAUUACUACCGUGUACUGAAAGAAGCUGAAGCAAACAAGUUGAAGCUCACUCCUGAAUUUCUCGAACUUAAAUUUAUCGAUGCCAUUGCUCAUAACACCAAAAUGUUCUUCGGGGACAAGGUACCUAACAUGGUAUUGGAUCAAAGGCUACUUGGGAACUUCUUGGAUCAUUCCACAAAAGACAAAUCUAGUGAUACAUAGACAUAUCCAGUCCCCAGAAAAACAAAAACUUCUUUGUAUUGUUGCUGUUCGAAAGCUUUUCUUAUGGAGAUCAUUUUACUGAACCUAAUCUCUUUAUAAACAAUGUUUUAUCUGGAAAAAAAGAAUCUCAUUUGGACUAAA